GGCCGUCUUCAUGGCUCUGCUGCUGCCAAGAUGGCUUCAGGAACCUGUGUUCCUGCAUCCCCCAGCCCCUCCACUGCCUCUGCCCACUGCCUGAAGACCUCGGGGGUGAGGAAAGGGGCUCCUUGGAGAUUUGCUCCCUGACUCCGGGGAGUCAUGCCCUGCAUCUAGCAGAGCGGUUGUAAGGUCCUAGUCAUCGCCAGGACUCUUACUUCGGCCCUGGUUAGUUUAGCUCUAAUUCCCAAAUCGCUGGGGAGUCAGCUCCCGAGGCCUACUCUGUCCUAGGGAGAAGGUGUGCAUGUUUGUAUGUGUUUACCAUACCCCCAGCGAGAGGCCUCACUUCCCAACAAGGUGGGCUGCCUUUUCUUCUCUUAAAUUUGCCCGGUUCCAGAGUAGGGGCCAUGGUUUAGCGAGCCAUGAGUGAGAUUUUUGCCUUUGAACUAUCAAUGCCACUUGAACCCUAGCAUUCACUUAAUAUUUAUUGAAUGCCCCUCCCCCAUAUGCAAGACCCCAAAAUUAAAGUUAUAGAUAUGACUGGGUGCCUGCACUCUUAAGGUAUUUACUAUUUUAAAAGAAUCAUAUAAUUCUAAUUAAAACGGAAAGCAGAAGGUAGCCUGUAAUGAAUAAAAUAAUGUGAGUGCAAAGAGGAAGGGACAGUUCAUUCUUAUGGGGGAUUGUGGGAAAGGCUCUAUGGAAGCACCAAUGGCCCAGACAAAUGAAGAGAAUUCUUGGUUUUGGGAAGCGGAUGGGGAGAAAUUUGCAGGCGAGGGGACCCAGUUGGGGCAAAAGCACGAGUCACAGAAGGUACACGGUGAGUGGAGGAGUUUCAGGUUCCACAGGGGUGAAGGAUCCCAAGUAUAGGGGUGGCUGAAGGAAAAAAAAAAAAACGCGCGGACGAGGACAGUGUAGGUCAGACCAAGAGACUCAGGCCGGGAGGUUCCACUCCUAAACAACGCUAUCGCUGGUGAGGACCUGGGAGGUUCCGGACGGUCAGUCCCCUAGCUUUAAAUUUUAAAAAGAGGCUGGACAGGUCAGGGAGGGAAAAGAGGUAGCUUGAGUUUGACAAAUGCAAAAUCCAGAGCCCUCUCCUGCACCUUGUCCGAUACUCCUACUACUCUGCCAGCGUGACUCCACGAGGGGCCGCCGCACCACUGCUGGUUUUCCUGGGAAAACGGGUCCUCCAGGAAUGGACGGCUGUCACUGAGAUCGGCCCAGCCACGGGGCGCUGCUUCCACCAGCAUCGAGGGCCCGGAAGCCACGCCCACGUCGGACCUGGGCACCGCCCCCUGUGCCCUAAGGCCCUGCCUCCCCGUGAUGGGGGGGGGGAUCUGCCACUAAGCCUUUCGGCUUGCGCGGGCGGGCCUGCUCCGAGAAGGGCGGGAGCUGUUCCGGCAGCUGACGAUGGAGGAAUUGGAGCAAGGCCUGUUGAUGCAGCCAUGGGCAUGGCUACAGCUUGCUGAGAACUCCCUCAUGGCCAAGGCCUAUAUCACUAAGCAGGGCUAUGCCUUGCUGGUUUCAGAUCUUCAACAGGUGUGGCAUGAACAGGUGGACACUAAUGUGGUCAUCCAGCGAGCCAAGGAGUUGAACAAGCGCCUGACUGCCCCACCUGCGGCUCUUCUCUGUCAUUUGGAAAAUCUGCUUCACCCGUUGUUGAAGGACGCGGCUCACCCUAGCGAAGCGACCUUCUCCAGCGAUCGUGCGGCAGAGGCACUGAUUCUGCGGGUGCGGAGUGAGCUCUCUGGUCUCCCCUUCUGUUGGCAUUUCCACUGCACCCCAGCUAGUCCUUUCCUGGUCUCCCAACAUUUGAUUCGUCCUCUAAUGGGUAUGAGUCUGGCAUUGCAGAACCAAGUGAGGGAGCUAGCAACAUUGCUUCGGAUGAAAGAUCUCGAGAUCCAGGAGUACCGGGAGAGUGGGGCCACACUGAGCCGAGGUCGACUGAAGACAGAGCCAUUUGAAGAAAACUCCUUCUUAGAACAAUUUAUGGUAGAGAAGCUGCCAGAGGCUUGCAGUAUCAGCGAUGGAAGACCCUUUGUCCUGAAUCUGCAGAGUCUGUAUAUGGCAGUCACCAAGCAAGAGGUCCAGGUGGGACAGAAGCAUCAAGGCACUGGAGAUCCUCAGACCUCAAGCAGCGCCUCCCCACAAAGAACUGAUAGCCAACUUGUGGUUCAGCCAGAACAGCCGGCCUUCUCAGCACUGGCCCCCUCAGGGCCAGAGAAAGAGCCCGUGGGUAUUUCAGCCUCCCUGCAGAGACCUCAGCUGUCGAAGGUCAAGAGGAAGAAGCCACGGGGGCUCUUCAGUUAAUGUGUUGCGGUCUCAGCUGCUGGAGAUGGAUUGGAGAGGAGCUGCCCAUCUUCACCUUGGAGGAGCUAGCCUGGCGGCAGGGUCCCUGACACAGAGUCUCACAGUCUAGGUCAAGGGAAUGGAAAUGCACGUUGCCCAGCUUCCUGAAUGGGGGCUGCUAACCAAGCAUUGCCCUUCCCCGUUCAAGUGGGAGCCAGGCUCUAGGCAUCCCAUUCUUUCUUCUGCUGGAUUUUCUCUCGACCUAGGACCCUGCUAUGCACUUCAGGUGGAGAACAAGUCAGCAGAAAGGCACAGCCUGCUCAGGAAACCUUGUCCGCGACACACCAGGUGCUCGCCAGAGACCCACUUCUCUCGCCAGCAAGGAAUAAAAUGCACUCGCUCGUACCGCCCUGCCCUUGCAACUGCGUGUCUCUGGAGUGCACACCUCACAAGGCUUCACUGGGCCCCAUCCCAUUGCUGCCUGAGGCCCAAGCUGAUGCCCUCUGUCCGGUCCUUUAGACUCUCAAGCUUCUCUGCUGUGGCCUGAGCUCUUAAGCCUCCAUCUGGAAACUGAUCUCAAGAACUCUGUCCAUGGAGGGCACAGGACAGACAGAUGGCCGCUGCUCUCCUGUGCCAAACUUGGAUACUUUUCUGUCUUUGCAAGACGUAGACAACGGGUUGAACCACAGUGUGGGAUUAAAAUUACCAAGAGCUUCAAGUACUAGGGCCACAGGAGGUUCCAACUAGGGUGGCAGAAAAAGGAGUUUGACUUUUUCAUUCUCCACUCUACUUUAACUGUGCAGCUAGUGGGACAAAGAGCAGGAAGUGACUGCAGGGUGCCCUGGGAGGACACACUCGGUCUGCAGAACUCAGAGUACCGAGCAGGAAAGAGUGGACAGAUCGAGGGAGAUAGGCAGAGGCCGAGACAGGUAGGAAGUCAGUUCUUCGGCACCAGGGGAUUGGCCACGCCCCUAACCUUCUCUGCCAGAUUUUCCUUUCUCGAUAAGGCCACCCGAGGGGCCAGUGGUGGCACCGCAGGUUAAGCUGCCACCUGCACCUCUGACAUCCCUAUGAGUGCCUGUUUAAGUCCUGGCUGCUCCAUUUCCUAUCCAGCUCCUUGCUAAUGCACCUGGGAAAGCAGCAAAAAUAGCCCAAGUACUUGGGACCCUGCCACCCGCACGGGAGACCCAGAUGGAGUUCCUGGUUCCUGGCUUCACCUGUGUUGGCCCUGGUUGUUUCAACCAUUUGAGGAGUGAACCAGCAGAUAAGAGAUAUCUUUCUGUGUCUGUCUCUGUCUCUCUCUCCCUCUUUCUGUCACUUUGCCUUUCAAAUCAAUCAGUAAAUAAAUCUUGAAAAAUAAACAAAAGACUACCUGAAACUUCACACUGGAGAGGGAAGACCAACAAGCGGCUCGGAUGUUUACUAGGAACUGUCAGACGCCUCCUUGUUCUGUCCUCUCCAGUGGGGACCGUGCUCCUGUGCUGACGUCAGGUCACGGGAGAGGAGUAUCUGAGCAAUAAUAAAACAAGUGUUAUAAUAAUGAUGUAGGCUUGGUGCCCUCUGGGUAGUGCCUGGUGUUGAAUCCUCACAGCACCACAUGAGGAGAUACUGUCCAGCCACUAGGAGACAGAGCCUGGAACUGUCUCAGUGACUUAUCAAAGGCCCCGCAGCUAAUAAGGGACAGGAUGGGAACCCUCGCCGCUGAGUUCUCAUCAACAGUAUUCUCUACAUAACACGAGAACAUCUCCCAGGAGAGAUGUUCUGGCCCCCCACUUUAUUUUUUUUUUAAAGAUUUUAUUUAUUUAUUUGAGAGGUAGAGUUACAGACACAGAGAGGGAGAGACAGAGAACAAUCUUUAAUCCGCUGGUUCACUCCCCAAAUGGCCACAAUGGCCGGAGCUGGGCUGAUCUGAAGCCAGGAGCCAGGAGCCUCCUCUGGGUCUCCCCAUGGGUGCAGGGUCCCAAGCGCUCCACUGCCUUCCUGGGCCCUAGCGGAGAGCUGGAUCGUGGUCCCCACUUCACCUAUCCUUAGCCUGUGACCCCGCUCCUUCCCUGGCUGCUCUGCUCGCUGUGGGCUCCCUGAAGACGCCAGGAUUUACCGCAUGUGCCUUCCCUGCCCGCAGAGGCUGAGGGCUCCUUCCCAGUGGCUGCUGUGAACUCCAGAACCCCAGGGGUGCCACUGCUGGUGGCUGUCAUCAAAGUCGGCUCAAUCUGUUCCCACUGUCUUGUCGGCAUCAUUGUCACUGCCACAUUGAGUGUCUCCAAGGCACGAGACCAAGUGGGAAACGGAAAGGCUCCCUCAGGACGCUUGGGAAAAAUACAGUUUCUCACCCAGGAGGGGUCCCUCUGUGUCCUAAAAGUACAGUCUCAAGGGCCGGGACCAGAGGCCUAUGAAUCCCCUCCAGCUUAAGGAAAAUCCUAGGAGCAUAACUUCGUUCCUGUCCUUAAAAUAAUGUCCGACUUUUGGAAAAGGUUAAGCCAGAGCGUGCCUGGUGACCUCCUCCCAGAGGGUGCUGCCUCCACGGGGGUGUUGCCAAAAUGCAUCCUUGGAGACAGCGGCCAGAGCCCUGACUGGGGCCUUCGUGCCCUGAGCCCUCACCCCCAGAGCUGGGGUGACAGCUGAGACUCAGGGCGCCUCCAGGGCAAUCCCCACGUUGACAAGUCGGCCUCGCCAGGCUCUACUCCAGCCCUGCCCCCGGGCUGGGGCCCCUCCCUGAGGCCCCCAGCCUGGCCCAGCCCCCACUCCUCGUGCACAUAAAAGGGUCGAAUUCUCGUGGCUGCUCCAUAAAUUUUAUUCCGUAAAUAUUAGUUUUCCCUGUGUUUAAUAAAGCAGUGGCCCACCUCCCCGCCUACCCGCCCGCUCCCCGGGGCCGGGGCUGGGGCCAGGGCUGGCUGGUGGGAGAAGGGACUCUUUCAA